AUGGGCUGUACCCAGUCCGUAGGCACGAGCAACACCAGUAACGUGUUUGGUGCGACCGGACUGCAUGUAGGGCGUGAUGGGGAUGUUGACUUAACCUCCCGCUCCAUGGAUUUUCUUAUGCCCAAGUAUGUUAAUCUCAUUAGGCGUGAUAAGCUACACACUGCCCGUCAGCUGCAUCUCUCGGAUAAUAAUCUGUACACCCUCGGCAAGGAAAUGACGCUUCUGACCGACAUUGAAGAGCUUUACAUUGACAACAAUCGUUUUGAGCGCGUGCCAUCGGUACUGAGUUUCAUGGAGAAGUUGCGUUUGCUCAACGCCAGCAUGAACCCGUUAGGAAAACACACACUUUCCUUGGAGGUGCUGCCACACAUAAAGAACCUGGUUCACCUCACCCUGCGCUCUUGCUCGCUGAGCGUUAUUCCAAGUUGCCUUCUGCGCUGCGCCGUCUUGAAGGAGUUGGACCUCUCGGAUAACCCCAACCUGCAGCUGGCCGAGCUGAAGCUUUCAAACCUAUCUGCACUGCAGGUUCUGCGCAUUGCCAACUGCGGCAUAAAUGGCGAGAUUCCCGCCGGCGUCAAGGAGAUGACAACACUGCUGACGCUUGACAUCUCGUCAAACUCCUUUAACUUUGACGCCCCGGAGUUUUUUGGGAGAAAUCUGCCGCACACUCUCACCGAGUUGCACCUGCGGAGAAUGCGACUUGUGGCGGUCCCGCAGGUGAUUGUAGAGCUGCACAAACUCUCCAGCCUUGACCUUGCAGAGAACGCGUUAGAAACGCUGGACGUCCUUGCGGGUCGACUGGUGCGUAAACUGAGUCUAUUCAAUAUCUCAUCCGCUUUUGUCUUGAAUGCCGUAACGGAGCCGAGCGACGACGCGAUCAGCGUUUCCUCUCAAAGUAGUUCGUACAUGAGUGCUAGUCAAAUCAGCCGUGCUGGGCGUAUUGCCAAAGUUGAUCACCCCAUCCCGCUGAGAAAACUUUGUCUUCGCGCGUGUGGGUUUCACACGCUGCCCAAGUACUUUCACAAGCUGAGAAACUUGGUGGAACUUGAUCUGAGCGAGAAUGAGAACCUCCAGGACCCGAACAUGACCCUCUUCUCGUUUAGCAAUCUGCAGGUGCUCAACAUUACGGAGUGCCCGUUUGCGGCGAACCGCUCCUCGGCGAAUAACGAGUGGUUUGAUAUCUCCAAUCUCCACCGUUUGCACACGCUGGAUUGGGAGGUGUGGAAGGGGACGCACAACAUGAGCCCAUACUGCACAAAGGUACCCCUUGAGAUCUGUGGGCUGCAACUGCGGUACAUCAACGGGAUGAAGCUUCGUCCCAAUCUCUUUGUUGGGGACACCGUUCAGACAAUCGUCAACCUGCUUGUGGAUGGGUACCUCAAGGUGGACCUGGCAUUGAACGACGAUUUAGUAUUAAGCUACACUGAGGCUGUACAAGCGUUGCGCCCGCUGGAAUCCUUCUUUUUUGCCUCAUCGAAAAAGGAUGGGGCGGAGGCCACCGUGACGCCGCCCCAGCCCCCACCAAAGCAUGUUGGCACGAAGUUAUCCCACGCGGCAGCCAAAAACGGGAGGACCACUUUAUCUACAACGAAGAAAGUAAAUGUUCACAAGGACGCUUUGCAAAUAGCCAUCAACCGUUACAUCUUCUUUCUUACGAUGCAGGCGGCAAAUUACAACGCCGUUAUUGUGCCACCAGCAGAUGUCAUGGCAAUUCACUAUGCCCAAAUGACGCAGGAUCCUAUUAGUUACCGCAGCGACUGCGAAGCUAUAUGCGGGCAGGUGCUGAGCUGCAACUACAACCUCUACUUUCUUGAGCAGAAGCUGAGGCCUCAGACUUUGAAGGAGGCGCUGGUGGGAAGCAAGCGGGUGUGGAAUAUGAUGGUGCGUACCACCCAGAAGGACAUUUUUUGGUUACGCUACGACUUUUGGGAGAUUCGUGCACAAAAAAUCUCCAGAGAAGCGGCUCAAGCGCAGAAUAAGACAAUGCACGAGGACGGGGGCAACGAGAAUAUCUUCAGCGCUGCAGAUACGACGCCAGAACCAGCACCAGCUGCAGCAUCAGCAGCAGCACCACCACCACAAGCUGCCGCCGCUGCUGCUGCUGAAGCCAUCAAGCUGCCAUGCGCUCCACCGUGUAACGGUGCGGACCUUGGCAACCUUUCUGAUAUCGAUGCUGUGGGGGAUCUGCGCUCUGUGCUGGACAGCUCUAUCACGACUCAUUUCACCGAGAAGGGCAUCAAUUGCUUUGUGUCCUCGCUUGACAAAUUUUUUUUCAACAGCAAACGUUUUAUGGAGGAUGCGGAGUUCUUCACUGGGCUCAACCUAAAUUGGACGCGAUACGUCAAGUAUCUUGCUCUUUACGCCCACAUUCAGCGCGUAAAGCAGCCAGAUAUGUACCAACAACGUAUGCGGGAAUAUGAGAGUGUGGUGCAGAACAAUUCCUUAGUCUCGCCGGACGCGUACUUACCAAAGCCGAAGGACGGCGGAUAA